UAGUUGGACUGGGAGCCAGUGAUUUGUUGGAAGUUUCAGCCGAAGUUGGAGGAGUGGCCAAUUGUGAAUCACCGAAUGGGGAAUGACCAGUAAUUUGUGUGUAAAGUACAUGUUGGAUAUCAGGGCCGAGACGGGUGUUGAUGAACGUGACGAAAGCUGGGUUAGGGCGGUCCAUUUCAGAAUUGAACAGACGAAAACGUGUUGAGGAGUGUUUAGUGCGCCUAGCAGAUUAUACAGGGUUUUGUCGUGAAAAAAUUGCGAAUUGAAAGAUGGCAUCAGUGACAGUGAAAGUUUUGAAUGAACCCAAGGCCAGGGGCAAAGCAGUGAUGUGCUCAGUUAUCACAAAUGCGCACAGUUUUGGCGAUAUUGUUAUGUUUGGAGCUGAUGUGAGGGACCGGUUUGAAAGUCGUCUUAUCAGAGGGAGGUUCUAUCGACUCGUCAGUGUUACAACUGUGCCGAAAGAUGGAGGGCGAGUUAGUAUUAAGUUGUCUUCAAAGACCAGGGUGUUUGCCACAGUUCCAUUUGAUGUGCCAGGAGAGAUGGAGGAUAUGUUCUAUAAUGCUCCAGAAAUGGCAAUCGGGGACGUUUUGGGCUGUAGUGAAUCGAAACGAGUGACAAUUGUUGGAAGGGUGAAAACUGUGUCGCCAGUCAAGGAAGGAGGAAGUUGGACUAGAAAGGAGGUUUGUGUCGCUGAUCUGUCAGGGCGGCAGGCUGUAACUGUGAACCUAUGGGGAGAGCAGUCACAGUUGGCAGCAGAUGUCAAUGAUGUUGUGAGAGUGACCAAUUGCGAGGCUGUGGAAUAUCGAGACGCAGUGUCCCUAAAUGGUACCCAGGAGACACACAUUUUGGUAGGUGGUAAUGCAUUGUUUUAAUGGCAAUAUAAAGGGAUGAGGGAUUAAUUAAGUCAACAAAAUAAUUUGGCAGGGUGUUUAGUUCCAAGGGCAACGUAGAGUCCAUGGUCUAUAUUUACAUUUGCAUAAAGGCAUGCCUUAC